AAAUUAACGGAUAUCGUUUAUAAUCUUGCAAGGAUUUAUAACGAAAUAUAUGGAUAAUUUAUGUAUGCACAACUCCUUAUGGAAAUCUUAUUGCUAACAUUACCAUAAAUAUUGUUACAAGAACUAUUUUCAAUAAUUAUCUGUGAAGUAAUCUUCUAUGAAGCCUAUGCUGGGUUCUUCUGCUUCAAGCCUCAUGAGUGCAUCGAGUAGUGGAAGCACUGGUAGUGCACAAGCCUCAGCUGGUCAACACACUAUAGCAGCUACACUUACAGCUGUGCAUAAAAUGGAUUCCGAAUUACGUUGCCCAUCUUGCAGGCGAUUUUUCCAAUGUCCUUUACUGUUACCAUGUGGACAUUCCCUGUGCAAUUUAUGCGCAGCUGGAGCUCUACUCCCCGCUAGCGAACCAAGCAUAGCGGCAUCGAUUGCAGCAGCGCUGCACUUAUCAACAGCUGAGACAUUUAGUCCUGCUAGUGGUCCUCCUCAAUCCUCAUCCUCGUCUUCAUCGACAACAGGAAGUAGUAUAGGUUGUCCCAGUACUUCUAACUCACAAGGAAACACACAAAUUAUGGGUUGUACUUCCAACAUACCUUCAGAUUCUGAUCAAAUGAGUGUUGUUAGCGAGACGGAUUCUGGUGUAAUUGUUAGCAGUCGACCAGGUAGUUAUGUGGGAAGACUACCCGUUAUAAUAUGUUCAUCAACUUCAGGUUUAGGUCCGAGUCAAACCUACAGUAUCUCUUCAUCUUCAAUAAGUCAAGUUACAAGUGGCUUAAUAUGUCCCAUAUGUAACCACGUCGUUGGUCUUUUUGAUGAUAAGGGACUAAGUCAUCUCCCGAGAAAUCGUGCUCUUGAACGGAUAAUAUCUAAAUUUAUAGGCCCUGAUCAAUCACCUCAUUCACUAAAAUUGAGUGCAGACUUGGAACCAUUUUUAUUAAACAAUAACACAGACCCAAUUAAUAGACCAGGUGGACCACUUUGCCAGUUAUGUGAAGAACCUAAUAUCCCAACGGAAAAUCCAUUAUCUUCAGAAACCAAUAAAACUGAAGUGAAUGAACAAAAUUGUUUAGCAACAUUUUGGUGUGAACAAUGUGAAAUAUUUUAUUGUACACGAUGUCGUGAAAAAUGUCAUCCAGCUCGUGGACCAUUAAAUCGUCAUGCAUUACAUUCAGCAACUGAAGGUGUAAAAAUAAUUAGACAAAAACAACGUAAUCAACCUACACCAUGUAUGUCACACUUAAAUAUAAUACCAAAUCUGUAUUGUGUUAAUUGUCAUAUACCGGUGUGUAAUGAAUGCAUAAGUAAUGAUAAUUCACAAACAUUUGAAACACAUUCAAAACAUGAAAUACUUCCAUUGAUUGGAGUCUGUAAAUCACGGAAAACUGAACUAUCUCAAUCACUUCAAGCACUAUCAGAAAGAGCUCGUUCAGCUACGGAGCACAUACAACGUUUAAGAUCGAAGUCAGAAACCGUUAAUAGAAAUCUUGCAGAUUCAGAAAAAGAACUUGUUGAACAACUAAACACAUUAAUUUCUGCUAUUGAAACAAAAAAACAAGAACUAACAGAGCGUUUACGAGACGAAAGAACCAAACGUAUUCAUUGUCUCAAGGAACAAAUUAAUCGUGUCACAUCAUUAUUAACCAAAUCAACUGGUCUUAUUCAAUUUUGUAUAGAAAUGCUUAAAGAAAGUGAUCCGUCCGCAUUUCUUUUGGUAUCUCAAUCACUUAUCACACGUACUCAAAAUGCAGAACAAAAUUUUAUACAAGAACUUCAACAUACUUCAUCCACUAAUGAUAUUACUGGAUCUUUAUUAUCACUUGCUUUAUCAUCAAGUAAAGAUUAUUCACAUCAUUCACCUAAGAAAAGAACACUUAAAUCAACUGAAGAGAUUUCUGGUAAAUACAACAUUCCUGCUAGUAAUGUUAGUGGAACAAGUACAUCUAAUCGAUUAAACAAAACAUUGGAUUUAUUAGGUGUGAAUAGUGUUGAUGCAAUACAUCGAGCAAUUUUAAAUUUAGGUUUAGAAGAAGAUCAAAAUACAAAAAGAACUGAAUAUUUUCAACUUAUCAAUCAAAAAAUUAACGAUGCUCCAGCUCCACCAGCGUUUCUUAUAGAAGAAUGCAUUUCAGAGCGUAAUGUUAUUACUCUUGUGUGGCAACCCACAUCGUCUAUUCCUAUUGAUCGUUACACACUUGAAUUGGAUGAUGGAGCAGGUGGAACUUUCAGGAAAGUUUAUCGAGGUGUUGAAACAAUGUGCACUGUCGAAGGUUUACACUUUCGUUCCGUCUACCGUGCACGCGUUAAAGCACACAAUCAAGCUGGUGAAAGUCAAUACAGUGAACGAAUUUGUCUACAGACAUCAGAUUUUACUUGGUUUCAUUUGGAUAUUCAUACUUCUGUACCAGAAAUUUUACUUACAAAUGGAAAUAGAACUGUUACUAGUCAAUUAUCUGAAGAUAGAGUAAUUCUUGGUUCAACUGGUUUAUCAAGAGGUGUACAUUAUUGGGAAUUCACUGUAGAUCGUUGUGAUCCUGGUGGACAACCUGCAUUUGGUAUAGCUAGAUAUGAUUGUAAUAAAGAAAUAAUGCUUGGUCUUGAUAUGAAAAGUUGGUCGAUUUAUUUUGAUUAUAAACGAAGUUGGUUUUUACAUAAUGGAGAACAUUUUGAACGAACUGAUGGUGGAAUACAUGCUGGUAGUGUAGUUGGUAUUCGACUGGAUUGUAAUAGAGGCAGUUUAUCUUAUUAUUUAAAUGAUCAACCACAUGGUCCAAUUGCAUUCACUAAUUUACCAAAUGGGAUUUAUUAUCCAGCUGUCAGUUUAACAAGAGCUAUUCAACUUACUUUGCAUUCUGGUUUAGAAGCUCCUAGUGAGAGUGAAGAAAGUGAUGAAGAUAGUUCUGGUGGUGGAACAGGAACUGAAACCACUUCUAUGGCAACCACUGUUUUAACCCUACCAUCUACAUUACAAAGCAAAGGAUUAAGGCAAUGAAUUUAUUGACAUGAAUUAUUAACUAUAUAAUCUGCCUGUAAGUUUAUUUGUUUUUCCAAAUGUUUACUUGUAAACAAUUCAUAUGUAGUUCGAAAAAGUUUCAAUCAAGUGAAAUAUCAACUUUCAGGCUAUAAAUUCGACAAACAAACUAACUAAUUCAAGUAAGAUGAAAUCUUCCACCGUUUCUUCAAUUGCAUACACCUUUUAAUAUACGUCUUACUAAUACACAAUGACUGGAUAUAAGUAUCUAUGAAAACAUUGAAAUCAUAAUGUUUAUUUCACUUUUUUUCUCUUUGAAUGUCUUCAAUGAUUUGAAUUACAUAAAUCACUUGAUUAUUAUAUAGUUUCUUUGUAUAAAUCAACUAAUAUAAUAAUUUUAUGCUUUAUUUAUUUAAAAUGUUUGUGUUAUUUGGUGAAUACAAAAAAAUCUCACAGAAAAUCUG